AUGGGUGACCCUCGGGAUCCGUCUUCGUACCGGGUGACACCCAGGAUCCGUUACAACACUGUUGGCGGUGUCAACGGUCCGCUCGUCAUUCUUGACAACGUCAAAUCCCCGAGAUACAAUGAGAUCGUCACCCUCACCCUUCCCGACGGCACUCAGCGGUCCGGUCAAGUGUUGGAGACUCGAGGGAGCAGGGCCGUCGUUCAGGUUUUCGAAGGCACAACUGGCGUCGAUGUGAAGAAGACUCGGGUUGAAUUUACAGGAGAGAGCUUAAAGCUCGGCGUGUCGGAAGACAUGUUGGGGCGUAUCUUCGACGGCUCUGGUCGUGCUAUCGACAAGGGCCCCAAGGUGCUCGCUGAGGAAUUCUUGGAUAUCAAUGGCAGCCCCAUCAACCCUUACUCAAGAGUCUACCCCGAGGAAAUGAUCUCGACCGGUAUCUCCGCCAUCGACACCAUGAACUCAAUCGCCCGUGGCCAAAAGAUCCCCAUCUUCUCCGCCUCCGGUCUACCACACAACGAAAUUGCCGCCCAGAUUUGCCGGCAGGCUGGGUUGGUGAGCAAACAGGGCGUGACCAACAAGGGCGUCCAUGAUGGCCACGAGGAGAAUUUCUCAAUCGUCUUCGCCGCUAUGGGUGUGAACUUGGAAACUGCUCGCUUCUUCACCCGCGAUUUCGAAGAGAACGGGAGCUUGGAGCGCACCACACUGUUCCUUAACCUCGCUAACGACCCCACUAUCGAACGUAUCAUUACCCCCCGCCUUGCCCUCACGACGGCGGAGUACUACGCAUACCAACUCGAGAAGCACGUCCUGGUCAUUCUCACCGAUCUCUCCUCGUACUGCGACGCCCUUCGUGAGGUUUCGUCCGCCCGUGAAGAAGUGCCUGGUCGUCGCAGUUACCCCGGGUACAUGUACACAGAUUUGUCAACCAUCUACGAGCGUGCCGGUCGUGUCGAAGGUCGUAACGGCUCGAUCACACAGAUUCCGAUUCUUACCAUGCCCAACGACGAUAUCACACACCCGAUUCCCGACUUGACGGGCUACAUUACCGAGGGUCAGAUCUUCGUUGAUCGUGGUUUAUACAACCGUGGUAUCUACCCCCCGAUCAAUGUGCUGCCGUCGCUGUCGCGUCUCAUGAAGUCUGCCAUUGGCGAGGGCAUGACGCGCAAGGACCACGGCGAUGUGUCCAACCAGCUGUACGCGAAGUACGCCAUUGGUCGUGACGCGGCGGCCAUGAAGGCUGUCGUCGGUGAGGAAGCCCUUUCGGCCGAGGACAAGCUGUCGCUCGAGUUCCUCGAGAAGUUUGAGCGCUCUUUCGUCAGCCAGGGUGCAUACGAGUCACGCACCAUCUUCGAGUCCCUCGACCUGGCGUGGAGCCUGCUGCGCAUCUACCGCAAGGACAUGCUUAACCGUAUCCCGGCCAAGGUGCUCAACGAGUUCUACCAACGGUCGUCGGCGGACCGCAAGGGGAAGGGGAAGGCCAAGCCCACAACCAAGGACACCAGGGACACCGCGGCACCGGAGGAGGAGAACUUAAUUGAUGCAUAA